UUUUUUUCAUGGUAUGAAUAUAGAUUUAGAAAAUUGGGGGAAAUCGAUUUUAGAGGCAUCUGAGAGAUGUUUUGAGGUGUUCUUUUGUGUUGUAAUUGGGUUUUAUGAUAGGAAGGGUGUUUUUGGUGGGAUUGGAAAGAGUUUGUGGAAGUUUGGGUGAGGAAUGGUUGAUGUUUUUGAAGAAGGUACAUUUUUAUAGGAUUAUAAAAAUAAGUAUGAUAAGGACAUGAAGAAGCAUUUUAAAGAGAUUCGGGAAUUCAUUGCAUCAAGAAACUCAUCCAAACAAAUGAAGUUAUAUGAUAUCCAAAAAAUUAACCUAAAAAGACAGUUUAAACCGAUAAGGAGUGGACAUGAUCAUCACAGAAAUUUUCAAUCGAACAAUAGGAGCAAGAGCCCUGAAAAUCCCCAAAACAGUGACCAAGAUACCAAAAGACCUUCAUUAAAACGGAAACUUGUGAUCAAAAUCAAGAGUAUUUUUGAUACAGAUUCAUCAAGUUCCGAAAAAUCAAAUUCCACAAUGAGAUCUACAAGCAGCAUGACUUUAAAAACCAUUGAGAACCGCCACAACGCCCAAACCUCCCCUCUCGCCUAUGCUGAAGAGGCUCGAGACCCCUCACUAGCCACGCACAUCCUAGAUGUGCGCACUGAGCACGAGCUCUUGAGCAAGUCUUUGUCCAGGCACACACAGGAGAAGUACGGCUUUGCAGAUAGAGUAGCAGUCAAACAGGUUAACCAGAUUUUGGAGAUUUGUGAUGACCAAGGGCAGAAAUUUAAUGAACAUCCUUAUUUUUGUAAGAAGAGGUUGAAACAGUCGGAGUCACAGGGUGAUCCUUAUCAAUCCAGGUCUCCUUAUUUGAGAAGUAAGGAAAUAUCAUUGCACUGCCUGAAGAACUGGAUAUCACCUAUCAAAAGAUUUGUGCCAUUGAAGACCAAAUCUAGCUACUCCAGAAAGCUCAGGCUGCAGUCAAACCCAAGACAGCUGCACCAGAACCAGACCGUGGUCCAGGACCACGCACAAAGAAUUGAGAGGAACUCCAUGAUCAAGUGACUUAAGAAUGAUUUAAAGAAGUUUAUAAAAGCAAAAGAUUGAGAAGCCUUGAGAUAUAAAGAUCAAGAAGAUAAAGCCCAAGACGAUCAUUAUAACUGAGCCAAAGGAAGAGGAAAAACAUAAAAAUAAUCAACCAAAAUUGAUGAUAAAGCCAGUACUUUCAAGCCUUUUUAAGGAUCAGCUUCCAAUGGAGAUCAGGCUACCAGCUACUCAACAGAAGAGGGGGUCUAGGAACUUUCUCUUUUCAGGACAAAAAACUGCUUUAGCCAAAAGUAACCUGGAAAGUAUCGCUAUGAAUAAGUUCGGAUCAUAUACUCCUAUUUAACAGAUGU